GCAGCAGGACAUGCGAGCGUCGCGUACGUUGGCGCGCGUCUCUGUGCUUGUGUGUGUGUGUGCGUGUGCAGUGUAAUUAAAACAAGAGGCUUGCCUAUUAUAUUACAACAUAUUGUUGCAAUCAAUAAAGAGCUGCAGAAAAGCAAAUGCAAACACACAAAAGUUAACCCAACAUGAAGCAACAUCAAUUUGAUUUCAAUUAAAUAUGGGAAUGGCUGACAAGAGGCCGUUGCUGGACUACACGGACGAUGUGGAGGGCAAGGAAGGCAGCCAGGAUGCCCAGGAGCCGGCCUUGAUGGGCAUUGGCUUUAAGCCUGGACAAGCGCCGACGCUUCUCUGGUAUUUUCGGCAAAUUGUGCUGCGACGGAAGCUGGUGCUCGGGCUGUUCUUGAUGUUUGUCUUCUCCUACUUUCUGAUUGGACCGGCAGAUGUCUUGGAUCUGGACAAUAUGCAGGUGCAUCAUCAGUCGAAUGUCCUGGACAUGGAAGCUAUCGAUUUGAAUGCAACCACAACGCAACAGCUUAACCAAUUCGUGGAGCUCACUACUAAUCAGCUGAUUGAUCCGUCAACCCUCUUGCCAAAAGGUUAUCUCGUCUAUAGCAACCACUGCCGGAUUGUGGAUCUGGAUCCGUACAAGCGUGAGGUGAUGCGCCACUUCAAACGCGUCGCCUACAAGCCUUGUAAGUCCCAUCCUCCACUCACCACCAUCCACUACAAUGAAACUACUCAGCGCUAUGUCCUAAAUAUCGAUGCCUCCGCCCUGACCAACUCGAAGAAGCGCAGCAAACUGAGCUGCUGCUACAUGGGAGUGGAGCGUGUUAGCGAAACGGAUGUGAGCUACACGCCCUGCGGGAAAUUUAAGAGUGGCGCACAACUAGACAAUACGACAGACAGCAUUAUUGUCAAGUGCAAGGUGGAACGGGAUCAAGUCUAUAUCAAUGGACACCCGACCAUACCGGAGAGAUCCGCCGUGCGACAGAGACUCAAGCACUGGGCGCAGAAGGAUCGAGGCAAACGGGUGCCCAGCGUGUUGAUGAUUGGCAUCGAUAGCAUCUCGAGGGUGAACCUCAUACGUGCCAUGCCCAAGACAGCGCAGUACCUCUACGACAACGACUGGUUCGAGCUGGCGGGCUACAACAAGAUUGAUGACAAUACUUUUCCUAAUAUUAUGGCACUAAUGCUGGGCUACAAUCUGUCGACUGCCAUGAAGCACUGUAAUCCCUACACAAUAAACGGCCUGGACAAAUGUGACUUCAUCUGGAAGCUGUUCCAGAAACAUGGCUACGUGACGGCCUAUGGCGAGGAUGCAAUCAAGAUCAAUACCUUCAAUUAUCUGAAGAAGGGUUUCCAACAGCCCCCCGUGGACUACUACAUGCGACCGUAUUUGUAUGCGGCGGAGAAGCUGCUGGGUGGCAACAGUGUGCUCGGCAUGCCCCAUUGUGUGGGCUACGCGACGGAGGCGGAGCACGUGUAUAACUACGCCCAGGAGUUUGCCAGGCGAUACCACAACGACAGCUUCUUCGGCUUCUUCUGGACGAACACGCACAGCCACAGCGACAUCUCGCAGACCAGCUCCAUGGACGAGUACCUGAGAGGAUAUAUGCAGCGGCUGGUGGCCCAGGGCACAAUGGAGAAUAGUAUCGUCGUGUUCUUCAGUGAUCACGGACUGCGAUUUGGACCAACGCGUUCCACCGGGUCGGGGCAUUUGGAGGAGCGAUUGCCCUUCCUGUUCAUUUGGUUGCCGGAAUUCGUGAGAAAAGCACAUCCGGAGUUUGUGGAUGCACUGAAUAUAAACCGGAAUCGUCUGACCACGCCCUACGACCUGCACUUGACACUGAAGCACAUUCUUUCGCUGACGGGUCGAGUUGGCAGCCAGGAGGAUCUGGGAGGAGCCAAGGACUGCCCGCAGUGCCAGAGCCUAUUGCUGCCUGUUCCGCUGAGUCGCAGCUGCGAGGAUGUGGCCAUUGAAGACCACUGGUGCACCUGCUGGGCCUACGACAGUGUCUACAAGAACUCCAAGAUUGUCCGCCAGCUGGCGAAGCGUGUGGUGCGGCACCUAAACGACUAUGUGAGCAGCUUCCGCAACGGCAGCCUGGCGCAUCUCUGCCAGCCGCUGUCGCUGCAGAGCAUGAGCGCCGCCUAUAAGGCGCAUCCGAAUGACAACGAUCCCAGCCAUAUAGAGAUCUAUUGGCUCAUCUUCUAUACCGCGCCCAACAAGGCGCUCUACGAGGCAACAGUGCGCUACAACAAGCAGCUGCCAGAGGCCGAGAAUAUGCUAGUGACGGGCUCGGUGAGUCGUCUGAACAUGUACAACGGCGAGGCGGACUGCAUGAACGACUUUUCCAUCAAAAAGUAUUGCUAUUGCAAGCGCAAAGGAGGUUGAUGAUGGCCUCCGAUAUUAUGGAUAUUAUGAUUGUUUAGGCUUAAGCCCCCAAGUGCCGUUAUAUGUAGUUAUUAAGGGCUUAGCGUAGUAACGUCCUCUCUCUCUCUCUCUCUGUAGAAAGUAUAAAGACUCGGACCAUUUCCAGAGCAGCAACGUGAUAAUACUUACUUA